AUGUCUUGGGACGACGAGGAUUUUGUUGUUCCGUCUUCCGCUAAAGAUGCGCCUGUCAUGGCGUCUUGGGACGACGAGUUUACAGCCGGCGACGACGACGACGCUUUGUUAGAGUCAUGGGAUGCUGAAGAAUCCGAGGGUAGCUUGAAGCCUGCUAAAAAGCCAGCUGCGGGUGCCAAAAAGGACAAAGCUAAAACCAAUGGCAAAAAGGAUUCCAAGAAGCAAGGUGAAGUGCUACUGGAAAUAGACACUUUAGAUGAAAAAACCAGAAAGGAUGUCUUAAAGAAGGCUGAAGUGGACGCAGACCUGAAGAACGCAGCGGAUUUGUUUGAAGGUCUCAAUAUGGCCGACGAACACCCCAGGGCUAAAGCAUUGCAGAAACAGCUGGACGAGGACGCCCUCUUGCGUCCUGCCUCUUUCACCAAAGACACACCCUUCGACGCACACCCGCUGUUCAAGGCCGAGACGAAGAUGGAGUUUCAAGACCUCAGAAAAGCGUUAGCGACCGCUAUCACUUCAAUGAACGACAAGUCAGCCCUCAAUUACUCGUCGGGGUUGGCAAUUGAUUUGAUAAGGGAUGUUGCUAAGCCCAUGUCUGUCGAGUCCAUACGUCAAACCGUGGCAACUCUGAACGUGCUGAUCAAGGAAAAGGAGAGACAGGAGAGACAAGCGCGUUUGGCGAAGGUGAAAGGUGGGACCGCCACCGGUGGUGCAGGUAAGAAGAAGGCCAAAGCCGCCAAAGCCAACUUAGGUGGUGCGUUUAAAAAGGACCAGGAUGUCGACAUGGACGCUUCCGCCUUUGACGAUUUUGGCGACGAUGACUUCAUGUAA